GCUUUCCCCGCCCUUCUCAUCAGCCGGGAAGCCUGGACUGUGGGCUGGGGGAAGCCGCAGCCUCCCCUACCUGGCACCUACGGCCCCUGACCCCUAGGCACCUGCUCUGGGCCGUGGAGCCCCUUAAAACCAUCAGCAAAGCUCUAGAAGAUUGCAUCCUGGUACGUGAACAGAGCCAGAUUUCACACUGAGCAGCUGCAGACCGGGAAAUCACAGAAAGCACAAUCCGGCCUCAGAUUCCGAGGGGCCUGCUGGGGACUCUCUCCUCCUGCUCGGGAGGGAAGACCCUGAGGCCGCUAUCCCAGCCCAGGUCCUAGCUGCCAUGGAACUCUCAGCUGCCUCCCGCCGGCUGCCCUCUGCACUGCUAGGCAGAUAAGGGUGGUGCUGCCCCAGGAGCACCUGCGUUCCCCUGCCAGGCCAUCCUCCGUGGCCAGCCCUUCUACUUUAGGCCACCUGUGCUGACCCGGGGCCAUGUAGGCCGCACUCACGCCUCUGUGGAUAGACACACCGCUGGGGACACUGCCUCUGCUCUCUGGGGGACCCGCGUACCACCAUGCCCCAGGGAUUCGCCUGGCUCCACUAUCUCGGGAUCCUCCUCGGCGUGGCCUUGGGGAACCAGGGUCUGGAGGUGUGGCCUGAGACCCAGAGCAAGGAGUGCACCCUCACUGGCUUCCUGCGGGAAAAGCUGCAGUACAAGAGCCGCCUACAGUACAUGAAACACUUCUUCCCUGUCAACUACCAGGUCAGAGUGCCUUACGAGGGGGUGCUCAGAGUGGCCAACGUCACCAGGCUGCAGCGGGCCCAGGUGAGCCAGCAGGAGCUGCGUUACCUGUGGGUCUGGGUGAGUCUCAGUGCCACUGAGGCCGUGCAGAAGGUGCUGCUCGAACGCCACCCAUCCUGGAAGUACCUGCAGGAGGUACACACUCUGCUGGUGAAUGUCCAGCAAGGCCUCAGGGACGUGGAGGUCAGCCCCAAGGUGGAAGCGGUGCUGUCCCUUCUGAGUGCCCCGGAGAUGAGCCAGAAGCUGGUGCGGCCCAAAGCCCUGUUGGACAACUGCUUCCGAGUCCUGGACCUGCUGUACUGCUCUUGCUGCAAACAAAGCUCAGUCCUGAACUGGCGGGACUGCGAGGUGCCGAGCUCUCAGCGCCACAGCCCAGAGCCCCUGUCGCAGUGUCUGGCCGCCUAGCUGGCCCUCUGCCCGCCCGGCAGCCCCCGCCUCGCUGCCCUGCUCCUCAGAAUCCCUGGCUGGCACUGGCCACUGAAACUGCCGAGGGCACAGAGACCUCCCGCCCCCAGGCCUGUGUGGUCGGUGACUCGUGUGGGGCGCACAAGGAGCUCCCAGUUCCACUGGGCCAAGAUGUCCCUGGGUGGCGGUGGGGAACCCCCCUUGGGGGAGGAACCCCAGAACAGGUGUCUUUUCUCUCAGGGGGAAUCUGCUCCCCACCAUACCUCACAUGCUCUUACCUGGGGUGAUGAGGGCUUGGGGACACCCGGAGGUGGACGAGACAGAGGCCCCGGCCCCUCCGGGCACCGCCCAGGCUGCCUCCCCCGUCUGAAGGCCGGGCAGUGGCAGAGGCGAGAGCCACGCCAGGUGGGCGGGUGGGUGUGGAGGGCAGGACGCAGUCGGGCGGGGGAGAAGGCAGAGCCAAGCGCCAUAUCUUGCCACAGUGGAGUGGGUGCUCUUCCAGUUUAUUUUUUCUAUUAAACACCCACUUUAUUUCGUU